CAAAUAAAACUAGAGGCAUUGCUCAAACACACCACACAGGAAAACAAAAAUUCUCUCCAUAUAAUGGAGCCAAACGCCAGCAAUAGCAUGCAACCUGAUCAUUGCCUAGAAAUAACACCUAUGGAGGUGCACAAAGUUGUCCCACCACCCCAUAGAAGCACCAUACAGAAGCUCAAGAGCAGAUUUAAAGAAACCUUCUUCCCUGAUGACCCUCUGCGGCAAUUCAAAGGACAGCCAUUGGGAAAGAAAUGGAUACUUGCUGCUCAGUAUUUCUUUCCUAUUCUUCAAUGGGGUCCUAACUACAGCUUCAGGCUUUUCAAAUCUGAUAUUGUUUCUGGCCUUACCAUUGCCAGCUUAGCCAUUCCACAGGGCAUCAGUUAUGCUAAGCUAGCAAGUCUACCUCCCAUAGUGGGUCUUUAUUCAAGCUUUGUCCCUCCUCUUGUAUACGCUGUUCUUGGAAGCUCUAGGGACCUCGCAGUAGGACCUGUUUCUAUUGCUUCUCUUAUACUGGGAUCAAUGCUUAAGCAAGAAGUAUCUCCUACCACUGACCCUCUAUUGUUUCUUCAACUAGCUUUUUCCUCAACCUUCUUUGCUGGCCUCUUCCAAGCUUCAUUAGGAUUGCUAAGGCUUGGCUUCAUUAUUGAUUUUCUUUCCAAGGCAACUCUAAUUGGAUUCAUGGCUGGAGCUGCCAUCAUAGUCUCUCUACAGCAAUUAAAAAGCCUCCUUGGAAUCACUCAUUUCACUGAACAAAUGGAACUGGUUCCUGUUUUGAGCUCCGUUUUCCACAACACCAAUGAGUGGUCAUGGCAAACAGCACUGAUGGGAUUUUGUUUCCUCGUGUUCCUUCUACUGGCAAGACACGUUAGCAUGAAAAAUCCAAAGCUGUUUUGGGUUUCAGCUGGAGCCCCUCUUGUGUCGGUGAUACUAUCUACUAUCCUGGUUUUUGCAUUCAAGGGUCAACGUCAUGGAAUCAGUGUCAUUGGAAAGUUACAAGAAGGGCUAAACCCUCCCUCAUGGAACAUGCUGCAUUUUCGUGGAAGCUACCUUGGACUAGUUGUGAAAACUGGCCUUGUUACUGGCAUUAUUUCCCUCACUGAAGGCAUAGCAGUUGCAAGGACUUUUGCUGCUUUGAAGAACUACCAGGUAGAUGGUAACAAGGAAAUGAUGGCAACGGGGUUAAUGAAUGUGAUUGGCUCCGUCAUUUCCUGUUAUGUUACAGCAGGAGGUUUCUCUCGUUCUGCUGUCAAUCACAAUGCAGGAGCCAAAACAGCAGUUUCCAACAUUAUAAUGUCAGUGACAGUUAUGGUGACCCUCCUCUUCAUAUUGCCUCUAUUCCAAUACACCCCAAAUGUUGUAUUGGGUGCCAUCAUAGUAACAGCAGUAAUUGGCCUCAUAGACAUCCCAGCUGCUUGCCAGAUAUGGAAGAUCGACAAAUUUGAUUUUAUUGUGAUGUUGUGUGCAUUCUUUGGUGUUAUUCUUGUCUCUGUCCAGGACGGCCUCGCCAUUGCGGUAGGGAUAUCAAUAUUCAAGAUCCUUCUUCAAGUCACAAGGCCAAAGACUGUGGUUCUGGGAAACAUCCCUGGGACAGAUAUAUUCCGUAAUCUUCAUCAUUACAAGGAAGCUAUGAGGAUCCCUGGUUUCUUCAUUUUAAGCAUCGAAGCUCCAGUCAACUUUGCUAAUACAACCUACCUCAAAGAAAGGAUUCUGAGAUGGAUAGAUGAAUAUGAAACUGAAGAAGACACAAAGAGACAGUCAAGUAUUCAUUUUCUGAUCCUAGACCUGUCAGCUGUCAGCUCCAUCGACACAAGCGGAGUCUCACUCUUGAAGGAUUUAAGGAAAGCACUGGAAAAUACGGGAGCUGAGCUUGUCUUGGUGAAUCCUGUGGGGGAAGUGUUGGAAAAACUGCAGAGGGCCGAUGAUGUCUGUGAUGUAAUGAGCCCUGACGCCCUUUAUUUGACAGUUGGAGAAGCUGUGGCUGCACUCUCAUCAACAAUGAAGGGCCGAUCAUCGAGCCAUGUGUAACAAUGAAAGAACCAGACAAGUUUUAUCCCGAUUGAUUUCUUAUUCGACAAAGGAAAUCAUCAAUUGUAUGAGUAGUGCAAAGAGAAAAGAAAAGCAUUUUUAUUUUCAGCAACUUGAAUGUAAUGGCGUGACCUAGUAUUUCGUAGGCAUCUUCUAUGCUAAUGUUUCUUACAGUAUUGCAGUUCAUCAAAGUUCAAACAGUUACACCCUGCAGGCAAUAUCUAGAACUCAGAUUUUGAAAA